AUGACCAAGAGAUUGAUGCUGAGAAAAUGUUUAAAGAGAAAUGCUACAGAAACAGAGGCUACAGGCAAAUCUCCAUGGCAGAAUGAUGCACCAAAAGCUGUUUUUGAUUAUUAUGAGACACAGGUUCAGAAAUGGGGAGUCCUGGGGACUUUGGUACCAAAGCCCUUUGUGCAAGUCUCACCUCAGAACUGCUCCCAGGUCGUUGUGAGCAGCCGGCUGUCGACCAGCAGAGUCAGACAGUUUGAUUUGGGUCUCUGGCUGAGAGGCAAAAGCACUGUGAAUAGAAGAAUAGCAACGUGCUCCUUCGCAAUUAGGCUGACUUUAGUGCUGGAUGCCGAGCAGCGUUUGGCACAGGUGGAGGAGUUUUCAUCACAGACUCCGGUGAAGUUGCUCCGCGUCUGCCAGUGCCGGAGGAACAAUCUCUGUGUGGGAGAAGCGCCCAGCACGCCGCCCGCCCCUCCCGGCGCCGCUCGGCCGAACAAAGACGGCAGCAGCGAGUCUGCUUUGUGCGGCGCGGGUCGGGCAAGGGGCGAGCCCAGCGCCCGCCCCGGGCUCCCCGCCCCGCCGGCCCGGCACGGCUCGGCUCGGCUCGGCAGCGCUUCGGGAGGAAGCGCCGGCUGCGCGGCGGGCGGGCGGCUGCCAGCGGCCCGGGCUCUCUCCGCCCCCGUCUCCUCCCCUCCGCCGCCGAUCCUCCGCCCCCUCCGCCUUCUCCUCGCGGCGGCGGCGGUGGCUUUCUCGGCCCCGGCUCCUGGCGCUUCUCCGCGGCUUCACCUCGCUCCUCUCCGGGGGCUCCCGCGCCGCGCUGGCCAGGACGGCAUUGCUGCAGGGAGCCUCUGGGAGUUCCGGGGUGAAGAGAUUUGCCUUCAUCUGGAGACCUCUGCUAAAGCUGAAGACCUCCUAACGGGCCAGACAGCCUUAGCAGGAGUUCAGAAGUCUUACACGAAGAAUCCUCUGGAGCAUCACAUUCCCCUGUUUGGAGUGUGGACAAGAGUUUGGCAUUCAUUCUGCUUUCACAGAUCGCUGCCGCUCGCUCGUGGAGCGCGGAGGGGACGGCAAGACUCCCACAUCUUUCAGCGAGAAGAAAGGAGCCAGCGGAGCAGACUAAUACGGACUUGUGUCGGGUGCCCUUGCCCUACAAAGGCUGCCUUUAAAAGAGAAACGCAGUGCUAUUUAAUGAGCUGUGAGAUGAGGCACUGCUGCUAACGCUCAG